AUGCAUUUCUCUCUUGCAUCUGUGUCCUUCUGGGAUCUGGCCCUGUGGUUGUCUGUCACAAUAGCUGUACUUGGCGUUGUCAUUGGUCUCGUCAUAUUCCUUUCUCUGGAAAUCGCCCACAAUAGCCCUGUCCACAAAUGCCGCCCAAAAGACUCGCCUGUCCACCUCUUAGUUGUCCUUGGAAGCGGUGGUCAUACAGCUGAAAUGUUCUACAUGCUCUCGCGCAUGGAUAUGAAGAGAUACACAUAUCGGACUUACGUCGUGAGCUCCGGAGAUAACUUCAGCGCUGGCAAGGCCAAGGAAUUUGAGACGGAGAGAGCUUGUUCGGAUAACAACUACAACAUUGUGACAGUACCUCGUGCCCGAAGAGUUCAUCAAUCAUACCUGACGGCACCUAUUACUACACUCCAAUGCUUCUGGGCUUGUCUUACUAUUCUCUGUGGGCUUCAUCCAGACCAGCAACUCCCCGAACAAUACGGCUCUCCUUACCCAGACUUGAUUUUGACAAACGGCCCAGCUACAGCUGUUUGUGUAAUCCUAGCUGCGAAACUCGUCCGCUUUUUGCAGUGCGUGUUUGGCUUCAACUUCUUAUUGCGAAGCUCCACAACACCACCCGUGUCCAACCUGCGCACCAUUUAUGUUGAAUCUUGGGCUCGGCUUUAG